AUGCGCUACGUUCUCUUUCUGUUUGCCGUCCUUUGCCCCCUCUUUGGCAACGUUAUUGCUGACACCAACACAACCAUCUUCGACACGGACCCGUCCAAUCAAUACAGCAACGGAAGCCACACCUUACCCUGCCUGCGCGACGACCAAGGAAACUUUCUCCCCGGCCAAGCAGGGUGCUUCAAUAAUGGGCCCAAGAACUGUUCAGCAGGGGCACACAUUGUCCAGCAAAAAGACGCCACUGUUUCCAUGAAGUUCAAAGGCUCUGCGAUAUACCUCAACUCCCUCCUGAAUGAGAUAAGUAACAUCUACACUGUGACUAUGGUCAGUCGACAGAUGUUGAUGGUGUGCGACCGGGCGGGGGCUCUAUCGUGCGACACUUUGUUCUCAAAAACUGGACUUGACCCUGCAGCUGAACACGAGAUUCGUGUCUCGAUUAAAGGUCUUUCUCCACAGCGAAACACAACAUUGAGCAACAAUGAUGAUUUCUUCGUUUUCUGGCUCGACAACUUCGUUGUCACGACACCCAGUGCAAAUGCCUCGAGCUUAUCAGCGGCAACAGGCGCAACCAGUACUCCUACUGCCACUGGGGCCGCUUUCAGUAUACGAGUGGCCGAUUGGCCUAUGGGUAUUGCAAUGCUUGCCAUCUUAUUAUCCAUCUAG